AUGCCUGUCUCACUUGACGAUACUACAUCAAAGUACACCGCAUUCCGCUUGGCUGAGAAACACUACAAGAAUCGCUCGGUCAAAGGAAAAUUUCCCUCUCUCCGGCUUCAUCAAGACUCGCUCAUUGAUUUGUCCCGGCCGAUCAGCAAGGAGGACGAUCCAGUGUGGCUGGCAGGCUGGUGGAGUCCCUUCAACGAAAGUGAUGACUUCAACCACAGCUGGAAGCCUUGGAACUCGUCAAAAGGAAAGGAGAGAGAUAAGGGCGAACGGCCUGACAUAGAUACAUCGGGAAUGAAACAGAUACAACUUGCGGAUGGAAAACAGGGAUGGGUGGUCGCACCAGGCUGCAUAUUGAUACCGCAAUAUCUCUCAGUAAAUGAUCAGUUGAAUCUGGUACAUUCCUCGUUGGCCGAAUACACCUUACCGCCAAAUCCCCUUUCAUUGUCUACCCAUUAUGACGUUCCAAAAAACCUCUUUGAGCUGUAUGCGACCGAGCCUAACUCGCCCGUAAUGCCAAAGUAUUUGAUCUCUUCUGCAGAAAUUCAUUCGACUCAACCGCCGAGGUCAAGACCAUUGAUAGAGACAGAACCCGCUUCAGUUCUGGGAUAUGAGGAAAUCUUAGCGCGCAAUAAGACAUGGACUGGCGAUGCUCCAAGUGACAAGUUAAAAGAGAAGACUGUAUUGCAGCUGAUGACAGACAUGCGCUGGGCUAAUCUGGGCUUGAUAUAUCAGUGGACUACUAAAUCGUAUGAUUUUGGUAGAGAAGAAAGCAUUCCCUUCCCUAAAGAGCUUGCAGAGCUAUGCCACACAGUCGUUGCAGCAGUUCCAUGGGCGGAAGUCAAUUCUGAUCAGUCGCCGACAGGAUCAAGUGGGUGGAAGAAUUGGCCAAAUGAUUAUAAACCUGAUACAGGUAUUGUCAACUUCUAUCAAGUCAAGGACACCCUCAUGGGUCAUGUGGAUAGGUCAGAGCUAGAUCCUGCUCGACCACUAGUUUCUCUUUCUCUUGGUCAUUGUGCCAUCUUACUUCUUGGUUCUGCUUCUCGACACGACCCUCCACGUCCUAUCAUUUUGCGUUCUGGGGACUGCCUCGUCAUGAGUGGAGAGGGGAGACAAGCCUAUCACGGUGUCCCACGUAUCAUGGAUGGCACUCUGCCAUCUCACUUUAGCCCCCUGGAAUCCGAUACUGUGACAAUGAGAGCCGCGAAACAGUUCAUUUCCUCUGCUCGAAUCAAUAUCAAUGCUAGACAAGUAUUUCCUCCUGGAUUCGAGAGACCAGUCGUGAUGGCUGAAGGUCCCAAAUCCGAUUGA